AAAUAGAUAAAAUAUUCACUUAAGGCUAAAAACAACAGAUGCAAAUACUUUGAACAUGCUUUAAACUUCUCUUAAUAUCAGUUGUAAAUCUGAUGCACUGCCUUUCUGUCAUCAAUACAAUACAUGUGGAAAUGUCAGGAAAAUCAAUUCUCAGCAAAGAACUGAGUCACCAUUCUGUCUCUGAGUUUAUGGCAAAUUUUGUUUCUCUUGAAGUUAAGACAUCUAGUUUUGGAAAUCUUAGGACUAUUUGAAUACAUAAAGAGGAAUGCUUUAAAUUUGGAAUACAAAUAAAUUCGAAAAUAUCACCAAGAUGGGGCGAAGAAACAAUAGUUACAUUCGACCAACGACGGAAAUGGAACUAGAAAAAGAGUGUUCGUUCGAACCCAGACAGAUCAACAUAAUUGACAGUCUACCAUGCUGCCACAGCAUCAAGAACAAACUAGGAUUCAAAAUCGCCCUGUAUUUGAUACUCGUUUCUACCGAUCUCAUUGACGUUCUCAGUGAUUGGUUGCUAUUUCGAGACGUGAUUUCUACAGAAGAAGGUCUAGUGUUCGGACCAGUCGAGGAUAUACUUAAAUAUUUACUGCUCGCGUUUUCGGUCAUAGGAACUUUCACGUAUAUAUUUGAAAUGAGCAACUACUGGUGGGAGAUAUUUCGUUCCAAUCCAUGGGUGGAUGUUGAUCUCCUGAUGGCCAUCAUAAUCUGGAUCGAGGACGUUCCGCAAAUAACUAUUAAUGUUUUAAUAGUUGCCUGCCGUGAGGAGGCUAUCAGUUACUUUCAGCUUGUUAAGGCAAGCAUCAUAAUUAUUGGCGCUGUUAUUCGCGUACUGAUAUCGCUGAUACGUUACUGCGGAAAAACUGCUCGAAGGGAUGUCAAAUGCGCUAGACUGAACAAAUACUCCCGAUAUCAUGUGGUUUAUAGGUUCUUCAUAAUGAUUGGUCUAAUCCUAACACUAGGUGGCGCUGUGACUAUAUUUAUGUUUACACAGUCCGAAAGACAUCCAGACGGAAGACUCGACUUUAAAACUCCCCAUAGUAUCCUGGAAGGAAAAUAUGACGACGAAAAAUACUUCAAGAAUGUUAGCAUCUACUUCAGCCAUCCAUCUUUACAAGAAGGUCAAGCUAGUUCUAGUCCGGAGGACGUCAAUUUUAUAAGACUUCUUAAGAUAAAUGAAAUACGGAAAUCUGAAACAGACCAGACUGUUAAAAUCUUCGUGAACAAAAAUGAAAACAGUACAGACUUUUCUGUCAUAGUAGGGCCAAACGCAAAAACUGAAUGCUUCAAAUUUUGGCACAGUAGCGGAAAGGUGGACAGCGAGUUUCUGACGACCAACAUUACCUGUGCUGAGUCAUUGUCUUCACCAGAUGAACAAUGGACAUUCAUUUUCCAUUACAAGAAGCCAUCAGCACCAAGACUUAUUUUUGGAGACAUCAAAUACAACAUAAAAACCAACACCAGUAUGUCACAAUGUGGGGAGCCUCAAUUUGAAAUCAACACCAUGACUACAAGGCAGAGUAAAACAACAAAAACAGCUGCCCUACGAUACUUCAGAACAAAGGGAGCAACUCCAGAAACUGAUCACAUCCUUGUUGCUUCCCCUGAUAAAGGAACCAGGUUUUAUCGUACUAAGGACCUAGUCAAUAUAGCUGAUGUGUGGAGAACCGGAUUUGCCCUCUGCAAAAGUUCGGGCAGUAUGGCCCCUAAUAGGGACACAAGCAUUUCUGUACCAUGUGACUUGUGGACAUAAAUUGCAAAAACAACAAUGGAAAAAGAGGCUGUUUUUGACCCCAUAAUAUGGUAAACCAUCAACCUAUGUCAUAAUUGAGUUCUAAUAUCAAAGCAUAAUAUUCUCACAUAACAAGAAGAGGCAUUUAUAGUAUAAAAAAAAAAGAACAUUUACAAGCGCAAGGACACAUAGUGCUUCAUUGCAUUAAGAAAUAAGAUAUCCCUGAUAUGAGUGCAUGAUUGUGUUUUAUGAUUAUUAUCGUAUAUGUCUCAACGUUUACAAAGAUUUGUACAUUGUUUUUCCUUUGUUUGUCAUUGGAUAGGUUUUGAACUUGGAGCCGGAAUAUGAACAUUAGAAAAAAGUUAAUAUGUUCCUGGAAUAGAUAUGCGCCUUUUAAGAUCAAAUCUCUUUCACGUGCAAACUUCUGCCAAAAACAUAUUAUUUCUUUACUUAUAUUUUAUAAGCAUAGUAAUUGUUUGAUUCACAAUACAAACGCAUUAGAUACUCAAGUUUCAAAUUUGAUGAAAAAAUUGCGGCUUUAAAAAAUCAAUUUUGAAUACUAUGAUUAUGUGAUUCAAUUGUGGAAACAAUUGUCUAUCUUCUUUUUUAUGACUUAAAGCUGCACUCUCACAGAUUUACCAUUUUGACAACUUUUUAAAUUUUUGUCUUGGAAAGAGCAAAUUUUUGCGUAAAUAUCUGCAAACCAAUGAAAUAAGAUUGCUGACAAAAGAUCAGAUCGCAGAUUUUCAUAUUUCCGUUCGAAAAUUAAUAAUCAUUUUUUUAACUUAAAUAUAAAAAACUGGGAUCUAAUUUUUUGUCAGCAGUCUUAUAUAACUGAUUUCCAUGAAUUUUCGCCAAAAUUGGCUAGUUCCAAGACAAAAAAAUAAAAAAUUGUCAAUAUGUUCAGUCGGUGAGAGUGCAGCUUUAAUUUAAGAACAUUAUGUAAUCAUGUCCAUCAAAAUAUUGGUAUUGGCUGGUAUUCAAUAUGCGACUUAAGUCUAUCUUAUGGUCAUGCAUCAUUGACUUCAUUCACUCGUUUCGUCAAUAACAAGUAAUCCUAUUAGCUACAUCAUUCUAAGAUCCAAUUAAGACCAAUAUUGGUUUAAACAGUAUUUAUUCAUAUGUUGUUAAUAUAUCAGCAUAUUACAAGUAUACAGGGAAAUGGAUUGAAGAGAUAGCUUAGAGCUAAUAUUAACUUUUCUCUUUAUUGAAUACCAGCCCUUACCUCCAAGUGGAUACAAAAAUGAUAUACACUGUUUAGAUUUUAAAGGUUAAUUAAUGUAUUGAUUUUGUUAUGUACAUGUGUAUGAAUGGCAUACAUGUUUAUUGUAUUUUGUUUUGAACAAUAUUGUCAUUAUUCUAUAUGUAGUACUUUUGUUCAACAUGUCAUGAACAUAAACCUUUUAAAAAACAAGCUCGAAUUCUUCCACUAAUGUUUGGCAUCAACAAAUUUAAGAAGCUCUGCUAUACCAUAUAAAAUCCAGAAUUUGAGCAAGCCCGAAAAAAAGUGAGCUUUCACUUAUUGCAACAACAGCGAUGUAUUAGUCAGUUAAUUGCUACAACUUUGAGAUGACAGUGUUUUUCCCCCAAUUUUUAAGGGACCAGAAUUCAGCCUUAUAUUUUCUUUGCUAAAACAUUAAAACCAUCCCUAAUCUAAAAAUAAAAUUUCCAAUUUCAUGUUGUAUGGAGUCAUUUUGUGUAUUAUUAAAGAAACAAAAUUCAUCUCAUUCUCUUGUUUUUCUUUUCUGUUUUUGUAACAUUUGGUCCAAAUGACACAUUUUUUCCAAUCAGAAAGUUCUCUGCCCCUGAUACCGAAAGUGGUGGAAAAAAUCCCUGCAUUAAAAGCAGGUUGGCUAUCAGUUUCUAUGAAACACUCAACAUUUUUAAAAAUCAAAUAUUCAUGUAACUAAAAAAAAAUCUUCCAUAUAGUUUACAGAAAAAUAGUCUGUGGUAUCUGUGGUAAUUACUUCCGCUUUUUAAGUGACUGAUACUUGAUAAAGAUUAACUAGAAGUGUAGGAGCAGAAACAAUGCACAAGAGAUUUCAUGAUACAAGGAACUUAAACAUAUAUAUAUAUUUUUUCUUAAUAAUGACCGCUCCAAAUUAAAACUUGAAACAUUUCCGGCAAUUGUAAUUUCACAUACUUUGUUGAAAAUAUACUUCCGGUGUAAAUUGUCUAAGUACAUUAUCAUGACAAAAGAUACUGUGGUAUCAAGUUGCACAAUUUAGCAGCAGUAGUAGAACUAAGCAUAGGUUAAAGAUUAUUAACAUUUUCAUGUACUUAAAAAAAUGGUUUGAUGCAACACAGUUUUUAGUGGUCUGCAUUAUAUUUUGUAAAGAACCCAACAAGUGGGCCAGCCACUGUUAACAUCUUCUGCUUCACUUGAUUUAAGACAAUAAUGACUGACUGCUGAUUUACUGAAAUAAAUGUUACAGAAAGCUUGAUAAAUACUGCCUUCUCAUUUGACAAAAUAUAAUAAUGACCACUUAUACCCUUUAAAAGUUCUUCUUGUUAAGCAUCACAGUUUGGUAUAUUAAUUUUAGUGAACUGUUUUAUUGACUGAAUUUAAAUUGUAAAAUUUUAGGAAACUGUUUUAUUGAUUGAAUUGAAAUUGUAAAAUGUUAGGAAACUGUUUUCAUUGAUUAAAAUAAAUUGUAUAAUAUUUGGAAACUGCUUUCAUUGAUUGAAUUUAAAUUGAAUUAUUUUAGGAAACUGUUUUAUUGAGUGAAUUUAAAUUGUAUAAUUUUAGGAAACUGUUUUAUUGAUUGAAUUUAAAUUGUAUAAUUUAAGGAAACUGUUUAUUGAUUGAAUUUAAAUUGUAUAAUUUAAGGAAACUGUUU